AUGAGCGCCACCAAGACUCAAUCGCAGAAGAUAUUCGAAAAGCUGAAGACAAAGCCAGCCAACAAGGUCUGUUUCGACUGUGGCCAGAAGAACCCGACUUGGUCAUCAGUACCAUUCGGUGUCUACCUGUGUCUCGACUGCUCAUCAAACCAUCGCAAUCUUGGUGUACACAUUUCCUUUGUCCGAUCUACGAAUCUAGACAUCUGGCAGUGGGAUCAGUUACGCCUCUUCAAGGUGGGCGGCAAUGAAUCUGCGACAAAAUUCUUUCAGUCGAAUGGUGGUACCGCUGCACUUGCCAGCAAGGACGCAAAGGUCAAGUACCAAAGCAGUGCUGCAACAAAAUACAAGGAGGAACUGAAGCGGAGGGCUGCCAGAGAUGCUCAAGAUUACCCAAACGAGGUCGUCAUUACCGACGAGGUAGUCGGCACACCUGGCGACGGCACAUCUACUCCAGCCGGCGAGCCAGGCGACGACUUCUUCUCAUCGUGGGACAAGCCAACGAUAAAGAGGCCUAGCAAUCCUCCCUCACGGACUGGCACUCCCCUUGGCGUGUCCCGGACAGCCUCACCCUUCCUAUCCGCUGGCACAAAUGGCGCCGCAACCAGACCGAAGUCCCCCUCUCCCCUCGCAAACGCCGCCGAAGAAGCCGAGAAAGCCCUGCCAGCACCAACAGCUAUCCGCACAUCCUCCGCAUCUGCUGUCCGGAAAGGUCCCGUAGGAGCGAAGAAAAGCGUCCUAGGCGCAAAGAAGACCACAAAAUUAGGAGCCAAGAAAGUCGGUACUGGCGGAGACGACAUCGACUUCGAGGCAGCAGAGAAGGCAGCCAAGGCCGAAGCGGAAAGGAUAGAAAAGCUCGGCUACGACCCAGAAGACGAAGCUACGGAGAAGAAGAAGAGCACGAUCAGCGUAUCGACCAAAGACACACCUAUAGUGGCACCCACACCUAUAAACCCUGCUCAAGCUUCCAACAGACCGGAGCACCAGCGAAGUCCGAGCGAGGUCGAGAGGCUAGGUAUGGGCAUGGGUCGUUUAGGUUUCGGGCAGAUCAACAGGCCUGCGGGCAGCACAUCUUCUGCUCCUGCUCCCAAGAAGCUUGGCUUUGGCUCGGUUGGCACUGCCAAGGCAGCACCUAAAGACGACUCUGACGACUACGCCCGCGCCAAAUUCGGCACGCAAAAGGGCAUCUCUUCAGAUGAAUUCUUCGGCCGCAACAACUUCGACCCGCAAGCCCAGUCCGAAGCUAAGCAGCGCCUCCAAGGUUUCGAGGGUGCCUCCAGCAUCUCCUCAAACGCUUACUUCGGCCGUCCUGAGGACGACAUGACUGGUCUGGAAGGCGGUGACUAUGGCGAUAUUGAGACGGCCGCGAAGGACUUUGUGAGGAGGAUGGGAUUGACUGCGGGUGACGAUCUGGAGAAUCUGAUUAAUGUUGCGGGUGAGGGUGGGAGGAAGUUGAGAGGAGCUGUCGCGCGGUACUUGAACAGUUAG